AAUUUAAAUUCCCAAAAUUUCCUAAUCGCUACUCGAAUCCUUCCACUGUCCCUCUGUAUAUAUUUCAUGCAAAUUUCCAAAAAAAAAAGGAAAAAUUGGAGUGUGGAAGUGGUGAAAAAAAUGGAUUCAAUCGAAGACUGGGAUUUUCUGGAUUAUAAUUUUAUCAAUGAAUAUACUUCUCCAGAUUUACUUUUGCCCAAUAAUAGUAGUGGCAGAGAAGUUGAAUUCUCGUCUGGAAAUGUUGUGCAUCAAGAAAAGGAAUUCGCGGAUAGAGAUUGCUCUCGCAAGAGGGGACGCGGUGGAGCAUGCAGCAAGCCAGGGGCCAAAGCAUGCCGUGAGAAAUUGAGACGGGAGAGAUUGAAUGAAAGGUUUCUGGAUCUAAGCUCUAUUUUGGAACCUGGGAGAUCUGUCAGGACAGACAAAUCGGUGAUACUUGAUGAUGCCAUCAAAGUUUUGACCCAACUAAGAACUGAGACUCAGGAGCUCAAAGAAACAAAUGAAAAGCUAUCGGAGGAAAUAAAAUGUUUAAAGGCUGAGAAGAAUGAACUUCGCGAAGAGAAGCUUCUACUGAAGGCAAAUAAAGAAAAGAUGGAGCAGCAGCUGAAAACAACGACCAUUCCACCAGCCGGGUAUCUUCCUGCUCACCCAGCAGCGUAUCAUCCUGGGGCAAAUAAGAUGGCAGUUUUUCCUGGUUAUGGUUUGGUCCCAAUGUGGCAAUAUUUACCUCCAUCAGCACGAGAUACAUCUCAAGAUCACGAGCUUAGGCCCCCUGCAGCGUAGUGUGUUUUUCUUUGUUUUAUCUUUACUUGUCAGUUAAGGCUUUGGACAAUCUCAAACAUCUUUGAGCAUCCUCCACAGUUAUGUCCUUGGCUGAUCUGUAAAUAUA